GUGCGACUGAGGUCCUGACGCUGCUCAAGUGCCUGCUACGCCCAUACCAGUCUGGCCUGCAGCUGCAGAAGCUGCAGGAGUUGCUGCUGGGGAGACACGGGCUGGAUCUGAAGCGGUUUGUCAGCUCCCAGGGCGAGGAGGACGUGCUCGCAUUCCUGCGGAGGCGCCUGCCCGCGCUGGAGUACAGGCAGCCGGAGAAGGGAGCGAAGUGUAUCGUCUGGCUGGGGACAGGGCAGAAGAAAGGCUCUGGAUCUUUGCCCCCUGGCAGUGCCCGCCCCUUGCCUGGCUCCAAGAGGUGCCUCCUCCCAAUGAAUGCCGCGGAGCGCCCGCCCCCACCCGCCACCGCCUGCCUCAACCCCCGACUACCCAGUGCUACCACCAACCGGCCUCUGCUUCCCAGCCUGCCCUCGGCCCGGGAGCCCUUCCGGGCCCCUGCCGCCCAGGGAAAGCUGGGAAAGUCCCCAGGGGCCAACCCCCGCCUCCCAGCCUGGUUACUGAGCCCACCCCGGCCCACCGGCACCUGCUCAGGCCUGCGAACAGAGGAGGGGACCCACAAGUCCGGGACCAGGCCUGCCAGCGCCCCCUUGGCCCUGCGAGCAGAGGAGGGGACUCAGGAAUUCGGGGCCAGGCCUGCCAGCGCCCCCUUGGUUCUGCGAGCAGAGGAGGGGACUCAGGAGUUCGGGGCCAGGCCUGCCAGCGCCCCCUUGGCCCUGCGAGCAGAGGAGGGGAUCCAGGAGUCCGGGGCCAGGCAGGCCAGCGCCCCCUUGGUUCUGCGAGCAGAGGAGGGGACCCAGGAGUCCAGGGCCCAGCCCCCUGAGGACCUGAGGGAGCUGAAGCGGAAGGUGGGGGCCAUCCUGGCCGGGCACCCCGGGGGCAUGUCCCUCUUCCAGUUCCGUGCCGCGUACAGUGCCGCCCACCAGCACCCGCUGCCCCUGGGCCGCACGGCCUCCACCAAGCAGCGGCUGGCGCAGAUGCCCGACGUGGUGAGGAUGCAGGGCUGUGGGGUGCAGAUGCUGCUGCUGCCAGUGGACCCCGACGGACCCCCCGGGGCAGAGCCUGGUCUCGCCCUGUGGAUCCCACAAGAAGCUGCUGCCCCGGCUGGGGACCUCGACGACCCAUCUGAUCCCCCUCCCAUCCCUGCAGCUCCCAACCUGACUGGGGACCCCGACACCCCAGCUGAACCCCCUCCCACCCUGGCCGAGAUCCCUCUAGUCCUCACAGCUCCCGCCCCAGCUGGGGACCCCGACACCCCAGCUGAGCCCCUUGCCGUCCCUGCAGCUCCCGACCUGACUGGGGACCCCGACACCCCAGCUGAGCCCCCCCCCCCCCCGCCCCCGCCCCCCCCCGUCCUCACAGCUCCCGCCCCGGCUGGGGACCCCGAUACUCCAGCUGAGCCCCCUCCCACCCUGCCCGAGAUCCCUCCAGUCCUCACAGCUCCUGCCCCGGCUGGGGACCCCAAAGUCCCAGUCAAGCCCCCUCCCACCUCCGUGGCUCCGAGAUGGGGGCCGAGCCUCCAGGCCAUGCAGCGCCCAGAGGCCGCCCGACCUGAAGCCAGCUGGGAGUUACCCGACUUGGUGCCCAGCGCCCCCGUGGUUCUCUCGGCAUCGGGGCCAGGCAGCAGCUCGUGGCUCUGGCUUGGGGCAGAGUCCCCCCCCGCCCCGGCUGAUCCCGGAGCUGCUGCUCGCCCGGUUGUGUACCCCCCCCCCCGGGAGGUCCCCCCGGCCCCCGCUGCAGGCCCAGAGCCGCCCUCCCUGUGCCCAGCGGCACCGGGGCCACCCCAGGCCCGACUCAAGCGGGUCCAGUUGGUGCCUCCCUUCCAAGACCACCCUUGGGCUGGGGAUGCCCCUCGGGCACAGCCGGUCCCUAAAGCCGUGGGUCAGAACCAGGGCACAUCAGCGGCUGUGGGAUCCCCUGUGGGCCCGAUCCCUGCAGAUCCAUCCACGGGCCAGGCCGUCUCCCCUGCUAAGCAGCCCUCAGGGGUGGUCCUGGAUCCCCUCCCUCCUCCAGAGGCCAGUGUCUCAGCGACCCCUGAGCGGGGCUGGCCAGACACCGGGCGCCCUGGCUCAGGUGGAGAUAUCGGCUCUCCUGUUGACCCCUUGCUGCGCUGCCAUCCAGCCCAGCCGGUCCCCUCUGCAGGGACGACCCAGCCGGGCCCGUGGGCCGGGAUCCCCUCGGCCCCACCGGCCCACUCGCCGCCACACCAUACCGACACCUGCGUUCUCCUAUAG